AAAUUAUUGUUAAAGUUUAGUGAUUGUGUUAUUGUGUAGUGUUUUAUUUGGAUUUAUAACAGGAUGGCGGGUAUGAACCUACGGCUGGCGUUUGCCGUGGUCUCCUCCGCCUGCUGGUCGGCCUUCCAACAUGGCUACAGUACUGGUGUCCUUAAUGCGCCACAGCUGGUGAUGUCAAGAUGGCUGCAAUUCGACGCGUUAUCUGGCACCAACCUGACCAUGGAGGCCACCGAAGAGCCGAAGGUAGCCACCAUCUGGUCUGUUGCCGUCUCUGUCUAUUGCGUGGGGGGCAUGAUAGGGGGCAUGCUGACUGGCGUCAUUGCUGACAGAUUUGGCCGAAAAGGCGGGCUGCUGCUCAACAACGCGCUUGUAUUCGUCUCAGCCGCCUUCCAGGGGACGGCAAAGAAAGCUAAUUCUGCAGAACUGCUUAUACUUGGACGAUUGGUCAUCGGCAUCAACAGCGGUCUGAACGCGGGUCUGGCUCCCAUGUACUUGGCCGAAAUAUCACCAGUGUCUCUCCGAGGAUCGAUCGGCACAGUCUACCAGCUGGUCAUCACCAUCUCCAUCCUUCUCUCCCAAGGCCUGGGUCUACCCUCAGUCCUGGGGACGGAGGAAGGCUGGCCCUGGCUGCUGGCCGUCUGCGCUAUACCGGCCGUCAUACAGAGCGUCACGCUGCCGCUGUGCCCCGAGUCGCCCAAGUAUUUGCUGCUGAAUAAAGGAAGAGAGCUGCACGCUCAGGAAGCUCUGAAUUGGCUACGGGGUGACGUAGCUGUCCACGGCGAAAUGGAAGAAAUGCACCAGGAGGCGGAAAAGAACAAAGUGAGCAAGAAAGUGACACUCCGCGAACUCUUCGGCAACCGCCAGCUCCGUCAACCCCUGCUCAUCGCCAUGACAGUGAUGGUUGCCCAGCAGUUGUCUGGAAUAAACGCCGUCAUGUUCUACUCUACGGAUAUCUUCUCGCAGGCCAGCCUUAAGCCCCCUUAUUCGCAGUAUGCUACUUUAGGAACUGGAGCCAUGAACGUUCUAAUGACCUUAGUGAGCUUGGUGCUGGUGGAGAUAGCCGGCCGAAAGACGUUGCUCCUGGUCGGCUUCAGCGGCAUGUUUAUCAGCUCCGUCUUGUUACUAGCGGCAAUGUUGCACGUGACCACAAUCGCAUGGAUGCCGUACGCAUGCAUCGGUCUGGUGAUUCUCUUCGUGGUGAUGUUCGCCGUGGGGCCUGGUUCCAUACCCUGGUUCCUUGUUACUGAACUGUUCAACCAGUCUUCGAGGCCGGCAGCCGCGUCAGUGGCGGUCACAGUCAACUGGGCGGCCAACUUCCUAGUUGGCCUCACCUUCCUUCCACUUCAACUGGCGAUAAAGGCGUACGUGUUCGUGAUCUUCGCCAUAUUCCAGCUGGUGUUCAUCGUCUUCAUCAGCAUGAAGGUCCCGGAGACGAAGAACAAGACGGUAGAAGAGGUCACCGCCAUGUUUAGGCAGCAACUAUGA